AUGGCUUCCCUUCGCCCGCACCCCCUCAUUCGUCCCGCGCCACCCACGCACCAAAGCGUCACCCCGCCCGCGACUCUCCAUUUAACGCCUGUACUCGCCCCCACGCUCUCCUCGCGCCCCGCAUUCUGCCAUUUGCCGCUCAGAUUACACGCCCGCCCUAUCUUCAGCACUCGCACCGCGCGCCAAUCCCCGGCCGUCCCUUCCGCUUCCGCCAUGCCUGCGCCACCCGCCCCGGUUCCCGAGCACCUCGUGCAGUUCGCGCACCGCCUGGCGGACGCCGCGCGCGAGGUCGUUCCGCCGUUCUUCCGCCAGCCAAUCGGCAUCGAGCUGAAGGCGGACGAGAGCCCUGUGACGGCGGCGGAUCGCGCGGCGGAGGCGGCGAUAACGGCGCUGAUCCGCGCGGAGUACCCCGCGCACGGCAUCCUGGGCGAGGAGCAGGGGCUGCAGGGGCCCGUGCGGGCGGGAGACGCUGGGGAGGGCGCAGCGGGGGGAGAGGGCGAGGGCGGGUGGGAGAGCGAGUGCGAGUGGGUGUGGGUGAUCGAUCCGAUCGACGGCACGGCGAGCUUCAUCACGGGCAAGCCGCUCUUCGGCACGCUCGUCGCGCUGCUGCACCGCGGCCGCCCCGUGCUGGGCGUGCUCGAGCAGCCCGUGCUGCGCGAGCGAUGGGUCGGCGUUGCUGGCCGCCCCACCACCUUCAACGGCGUCCCGGUCGCCACGCGCCGCUGCGCCGAUCUGCGCGACGCGUACGUGUACACCACGUCGCCGGACCUCUUCCCCGGCGCCAGCGGCGAAGGCGUUCCGCGCGGUGAAGAGAGCGGUGCGCGCAAGGGCGAACUAACGGGUGCGACUGCUAACGCGUUCGGGCUGCUGUCGAGCGGGUUCGUGGACGUGGCGCGGAGUUCGGCGUCAAGCCCUGGGACUACCUCGCUCGUGCGUCCCCAUUGUGGCGGGCGCGGGCGGGCGCAUGACCGACUGGCGCGGGCGCGAGCUGCGGCUGGCGUCGCUGCGCGCGGAGGAACUGGAUCGUCUCGCCAGUCCCUUUCAAAACUGUCCCGCAACGGCCUCCGCAUGCAGCCCCGCGCUCUCCUCCCCCAUUCCCCCCGCCCCCUCUCCGCCUUUUCCCCGCUCACCCAUCCCCUGCUCACCCGCGUUUCCGCCGCUCCCCGCCGCAAUAUCUCGCCUCGCGCCCAGCAAUCAGGCCCUUCGACACCUCCGCGCGCCGAUGCGCCGCGCCCUGCGCAGGCCACGAUGGCGGACGGCACGGAAUUUGUGCGCGCGCAUCUGCUCCGGCUGAAGGCCUACACCCCAUCGUGCCGUUCGAAGGUGCGCCCAUGCCGCCUUCCAGGUGCGCACAUCCGCCCUACACAGGUGCGCCCAUCCGCCCUUCCAGGUGCGCCGCGACGCCACGCCGCCAUAGCAGAAGAGAAGACGCUCUGGUCCAUGGCGUGCCGUCACCAGAAUUCCCCCGUGUUCGAAAAGGCGUGGCGUGGCGCGGCAUCGCCACGGAUCAGCCCCAUCUUCCGACCUGCGCCCUGCACUGCAUUGCAUUGCCCGCCGUGCCUACCCCACUCCAUAUCCCUCAGUCCAUCGCGCUCUCCUCCCCCCACAGUCUCCGCUCGCUCACCCCUCUCCCUCCCUUCCUUCCCCGCCCCUCUCACUUGCCUGGUGCUGUCGGCGCAGCUGGGGCGCGCGCCGGAGGACAUCGUGAAGCUGGACGCCAACGAGAACCCCUACGGCCCGCCUCCUGAGGUGCGCUGCUGCCCUGGGGGGGGAGAAGAGUGCAGGGGAGGGGGGGAAUGCAGGGGGCAGGAGGAGUGGGUGGGGGCCAGUGGGGAAUGCAGGGGUGCGGUAAGCAGUGAGGGUGGUGAUGGGGUUGUGGCGAGGGCAGUGCAUGUGCGUGGGUGCUCUUCGACCACCCGUGCCUCCUCACUGCCCUCAUCGACCUCAUCAUGCGGUAACCCUGCGCCUCGCCCCUCACCCCUCUCCCCCCGCCCCUGUCCUUCCACCUCCCCCUCGCCCCUUCUCCCUCCCGCCCCUGCCCUUCUCUCCCGCUCCCUCCCUCCCCCUUCCCACGAGUGCAUUGUGACUGGUCACGCAUUUGGGCUAAAAUCGGGUACCAUGUGCACCCCUGCAUGUGCACCCCUGGCAUGUGCACCCCUGGCAUGUGCACCCCUGGCAUGUGCACCCCCUGGCAUGUGCACCCCUGGCCCGCCUCCCCUGUGCCGCCUUCCCCUGGCCCGCCUUCCCUGUGCCGCCUUCCCCUGUGCCGCAUUCCCCUGUGCCGCCUUCCCCUGUGCCGCCUUCCCCUGUGCCGCCUUCCCCUGUGCCGCCUUCCCCUGUGCCGCCUUCACCCUGUGCCGCUUCCCCUGUGCCGCCUCCCCUGUGCCGCCUUCCCCUGUGCCGCUUUUCCUUCCUUCGCGUGUGUGUUGUGCUGUGUAUGCUCGCUUGUGCUGUGGACUGGAUGGCGAGCGAGGCAGGUGUGGUGUUGGAGCCGGGAUGGAGGCGAUAGUGGACUGUCAUUCCAUUGCCGCAUAUCCACUUUUGUUUCCUCCUCUCGCUGCUCCCAUCCUCUUGCAUCCACUCGUCUGCUCCAAUCUUCCCCUACCCCACGCCCUCUUUGCCCAACCCCCCCCUGUGCUCUCCAGUGCCGCGGCGCAGCGACUUCUCAAUAGACGUGGCGGGCGUGGUGGCGCGGUGGAGUCGCACCGCCCCAAGCUGCUCUUCCUCACCUCGCCCAACAACCACCGACGGCAGGUGCGUUGCUCUCUCAGUGCACAGAUGGCUUUCGUCCCCAUGCUGUCCCCUCUUCCCCCUUCCCCUCUUCCCACAUCACACACUCGCACGAACAGACACGUGUGCAACCCUUCCCGUCUUAUCUCUCCCCCCCUUCCCCCGUCACUUCCCCCCCACCGCGCCCAGCAUGUUGAGUGGGAGGACCUGCAGCAGCUGCUGCGGCUACCAGUGCUGUGGUGCUGGACGAGGGCGUACAUUGAGUUUCAGCGACCGCACCCUCCCGCCAUGCCGCUCGUGCAGCGCCACGCCAACCUCAUUGUGCUCACGCACCUUCAGCAAGCGCGCCGGUCAGCACCCCCACCCCCACCCUUAGCUUCCGUGCCCCUGCCUCUCCUUGCUGCCUCUCAUUGCUGCCUACUCUCGAAUUCCCCCCUUGCUCGCCUCAUGCCGUGCUCCUCUGCCCCCUUGCUCGCCUCAUGCCGUGCUCCUCUGCCCCACUGUGCUGCGUGGGGGCGAGCAGGGCUGGCGGGGCUGAGGGUGGGGUACGGGGCGUUCCCACUGCCGCUGGUGGAGUACCUGUGGCGCGCCAAGCAGCCCUACAACGUGUCUGUUGCAGCCGAGGUCGCUGCCUGUGCAGGCGCUCUCCAACCAGCCCUACCUGCAGGCAUGUCAUGUUUCCGCUAA